AUGGCCAUCCAUAGAGCUUCCAUGGAAAACCGUAUCGCUCUUCCUCUGGGCCAAAGAAACGGUGAAGUCGAUAACCGUCUUCACUUUUACAAGGACGGACAAGGCUUCAUAGUAAACUCCAAGAGGAAGUUUGAGCUUCAUCAGUCUUUAAUUUUGACCGAUGAGACGCCCAAAAAACAGGUGACAGUACCUCAAGGCAACACCGCUCCAAAACCAAAGAGUGUGAAACAACGACACAGUCCAACCGCAGUGAGCUGUCGUUGGUUGAAGGACAACUUGGUCAGGAGCGCCCUGCCACAGGCUGCGCAGGCGGCUCUGCACAGGAUCAAGCCAGGCGACUGA